AUGAUUCUAAUCAAUCUCUCUACAUAUACUUGUACACACCUCAAGGAUUAUAGUGACAUCUUCAGAUCUACAAAUACUUUUUACCAAACUGUAGAAACAGAAGCAUUCCCUCUUUUACCAGGCAAAUCUUUUGAAAUUUCAGGUCAAGUGGUGUUGGAUCUUAAACUAGCAAGCUUUUGCAAAGUGAUGACUGUGAAUGAAUUAUCCAGGUUAACAGUUGAGUUGGAAAGAGUUAACACUUCCAAAUAUGUUGGUGCUCCAUCUCCAGAAGAUGCACAGAAUAUAAGGCAACUAACAAUGUCAGAACUGGAACAUGCUACACACAACUUCAGUCAAAGCAAUAUCAUUAGUGAAGGUCGAUUUGGUUUAGUCUAUAAAGGACUACUUCGAGAUGGAGCUAUUGUGGCAAUCAAAAGAUGCUUAAAUACCCGUGUUCAUUUGUUUCAUCAUGAGGUAAAGCAAAUAGCUCAAGUCAGCCACAAGCAUCUUGUCAAGCUAGUUGGUUAUUGUGAAGAUAGCCACCAUCAGUUUCUGGUCUAUGAUUAUAUCCCUAAUGGAAACGUUGGAAAUCACCUAUACGAUAGCCAAGGUUCACCUGCUGGAAAACUAAACAUGAGGCAAAGGUUGUUAAUUGCUCUAGGUGCAGCCAAAGGACUUGAAUAUCUUCACAGUUUGGCUUCUCCUCUCCUGCACAUGCAUUUCAGAACUAGCAAUGUUCUUAUAGAUGAAACUUUUACAGCCAAGGUUUCUGAUUAUGGAUUGUCCAAAUUGGUGUCUGAGGAUCAAUUUUACGCAUCAUCUUCUGCCAUUGACUGCUUUCUUGACCCAGAGUUGUAUUCAUCAAAGAAAUUUUCAGUUCAAAGUGAUGUGUAUAGCUUUGGGGUCUUCCUACUGGAGUUGACUAGUGGACGUGAAGCACUUUGCAGAGAUCAAUCAAACUCAGAACCAACGUUAAUACUGCAGCUCACCACCAUGAUUAUCACAGCAUCAUUUUCAUGCAAUAACAAUGAAGAAGCCAAGGAUUCCAACAAUCUCGUCAAUUUUGUCGAUAAAUCCUUAAGGGACAAGUCAAUGAAUGGAACAAAACAGGUAGUGGAGUUGGCAUUGCAAUGUGUGGAAAUUAGUCAUAGAAGACCAUCCAUGAAAAGCAUCGUUGAAGAGCUAGAACGAAUUCAAGAGAAGGAAAUUGGUCGUUUGCAUUUUGAAUCAGGUGAGGAGAUUGGUGUUGUCAAACUGGGGAGUGAGCUCUUCAAAUGA